GUUUAUUUAAUAAUAUUGGUAAGAUAUUGAGAUAAUAUUUUAUUUCAGUAGAAGACUUUAGCGUUUUAAGAAGAAUUGGUAUUGGUUUAGCUAUUGCUGGUGGUGUGAUUAAUUCUAUGCUUUAUAACGUUGAUGAUGGUCAUCGAGCUGUUAUUUUUGAUUGUUUCCAAGGUGUUAAGCUAGGUGUUAUUGAAGAAGGAACUCAUUUUAUGAUUUCAUGGCUUCAUAGACCAAUUAUAUUUGAUAUUCGUACACGACCACGAUCUAUUCUAUCAAUAACAGAAAUAAAAGGUAUAAAAGCUAGAAGAAAACAGUCAACUUCAGGAGAGAGUUUUAAAAUCUGUUGUACUAAGUCUCAAUUUGAUGCUAUUGAAUUGAUUACACAACGCACACUUAUUUCGCAACGUAAUAGUGAAUUAUUAACAGAACGUGCUGCUCAAUUUGGUUUAUUACUUGAUGAUAUUUCAAUUAUAAGAUACGAUAAAAAAGAGUCUCGAACACAUUUAAGUUUUAGACCUGAAUUCACAAGUGCUGUUGAAUUAAAACAAGUUGCACAACAAGAUGUUGGAAAACAACGGUUUUUAGUUGAAAAAACGGAACAAAGUCGUCGAGCAAAUGUUAUUGCAGCAGAAGGUGAUACUCGCGCAGCUGAUUUAAUUGGCAAAGUUUUAGAUGAAGCUGGUGAUGGUUUGAUCGAACUUCGACGAAUUGAAGCCGCUGAAGGUACUGCAAAUCAAUUAUCAAAAUCAAGAAAUAGAGUCUAUUUACCACAUGGUCCUCAAAUUUUACUUAACAUUACUGAAAUUUUUACCUAUCGACGUGAAAAAAUUGAUGUAAGAGGCGAAUGUUUAAAACUUGUACCAGCUGAAAAUAUACAACAAAAUACUGUUGAAAUAAUUAAACAAGAAAUAAACAGCAAUCAAAAUUAUACAAAUGCUCGAUUUCGUGCACCACUUGCCAAUUAUUUACUACAUUUGGUUUCACCUCAAGUAGCUACAGCUCAUUUUCAACUUGUUUUACCAUGUGAGCAUCGUUUUGGUUCAAUUCUUCUUGAAAAUCCAUAUUAUGGUUUAAGAAAACCACCAGAUCAAUCUCGUUCAUCAUUAUUGUAUGUUAUCGAUUUAUAUAUCAUGGGUGAAGUACUUGCUUUAGAAACACUUAUGCUACUUCAUUGGUGUCAAAAAAUGAAAUUAACAUCAGCUAUUCUACAUGGUUUUUCUCUUGGUGGACAUAUGGCUUCAUUAGCAUUUACAAAAUAA